CGUGACAAUUGGCUCCUAGCAACGACAAUCCAUACCUCAAGAAUAAUGGAGGUUUUGUAUGUUAGAAACAAACAGAACCUCAACAUUGAAAACGCAAAUAUACAAAAAGCAUGAUUAAAGAACCGAUAGAAUACAUUAAAUUCAAUGAAACAACGUUAACAGAAUGCAUAAAAAUAGCGAAGGUCGCUGCGUCGACGUCUUCAAAGGAAAGUGUCAUUGCAGAGGAACAUAAACAGAAAGAUGGACAACUUCAUGAAGGAGUUCACAGUUUUCAGCUAACUGCCAUUGAUGAAGAAUCCAAAUGUAGCAAACAUACACCUGAUGUACAAGCAUCGUGUAAAGGAGAUUCACAAACAGACCUCCAAGAUCGCAUAUACAUAGAAAUGUUGCCAAGAACAGAGACAAUGGAUUCCGACAGUCUUACCAAACAGAUAGCAAAUAACUCAAAUUGUGAUCCGAUUGACCAGAGAGUAAAUAACACAGACUUUGAUACUGAGGACCAAGGAAUGAUUACGUCGAUUAACGUUGGGAAUGACCUAGAGUUUAAUUCGGUGGACCUAGCGGGGGAUAAGGACUCCGAGGAAAGUAGUGACAGUGACGGAACGAAUUGUAGAAUAUGUGCCUGUAGUGAAGACACAGGUGAAUCUUUGAUAUCAGCGGGUUGUAACUGUAAGGGAUACCUAGAGUUCUGUCACAAGAGUUGCUUAGAAACGUGGAUACGAGCGCAGAGAUCAAACAGAUGCGAACUUUGCAGGGCUGUCUUCAGUGGCAUGUCACAACUCCCGGGCUAUGAAGAAGAUGCGGAAUCAUAUGUCAGUACAACCAGCUCUUUCAUGACAAGUGGAAACGUCAGGGGUGCCAGGGCUUGCUUCAUUAUGACAUUCUUCAUCCUGCUUGCUAUGACGAUCACAUCAGGCUUGCUUUUAACACGUACGAUCAAAAUGAAACACUCCUCAUACAACUUCCAGCCAAGUAUGAAUAGCGAGGACCAUAAUUUCAUCCUAACCAUUUCACUGUCGAUCUUCAUCGUGAGCAUAUGUUGCACUAUGUUCAUCUCUAUAUGUUGGUUUACGUGGGAAGUCUCAUACUUAUGUUAUUGGAACACACAAGCUGAGCGUGAUCGAAGAGUUCUACAAGAUAUGGUUCAUAUCAUAGAUGGCGAAAGUGUAGAAAGUGUCUGAUUAGACAAAAUGAGAUAAAUUUCAGCAAUAUUUUCUACAUCAUCAAUAUAUGCUCUUCAGAUUGGACCAUAAUCUUAAAAAAACAGUGAAAUCGUCAAUUUAUUUUAUCAGUUUAUUUAAUAAUUCAGUAUAUUCAAACAAUAUUCUUUGUACACAAUUCCUUGUAUAACAAAGCCAAAAAUAGAACAAUAUUGUAAUGUUAAUUUGAAGCAUGAUAAGAGGUUCAUUCACUUAAAUUGAUCCAAUUAGAAUGUUCUACAUGGUUUUGAUAUUCAUGGUGUCAUUAUAGCGCUAUUAACAGAAACUC